UUUUUUAUUCCCCUCGUCUCUUCCCGCCGCCCGCCUGCUAUGGAUUACUCGCACAUGCUCGUCUCGCUGCUCUUCGUGGUGUGCCCGGGGCUGCUGCCGCCGGCAGCGCCCGGAGCCGCCGCCGGCCACCGCCGCGCCCGCCGCUGCUCCUGCUCCUCGCUGCUCGACGAGGAGUGCGUCUAUUUCUGCCACCUCGACAUCAUCUGGAUCAACACCCCCGAGAAGACUGUGCCUUAUGGCCUCGGAGGUCCUUCUCGAUCCAGAAGAUCACUGAAGGACGUCGUGCCCGAGAUGCUCCCUGAACCUAGCAGCAGAUGUCAAUGUGCCAACCAGAAAGACAAGAAAUGUCUCAACUUCUGCCAGACAGGAGAAGACCUCAGGGCUCAGUCUACCGUGGAGAAGAGCUUACGUCACCGCAACAAAGGUGGCAAUUGCCUUGGACCCAAAUGUAUGAGUCAACAGCUUGUUGGCAGCAAGAAAAUGAAGAGGCUGGAGGCCAUUGGAAACAGUAUCAAAGCUUCCUUCAGUAUUGCGAGGCUGAAGGCUGAGCUCCAGAGAGGGCGGAAGCUGAAACAUAACAGGGCAAAUAAAAGACGAAGCAUCUGGGAAAGCCUGAAAACGUCCUAGUGAGAAGAUGACUCGCGUCGUUCAUUGUCACGCUCUCUGACCAAGUGUCACCAAAACUCUGCUUUGACUUUCAGUGUGCUACCACGGCAAAGCACCUCUCUGCCCAGGUGGUCGUGCAGCAAAACAAAACAUGAGAGAAGUCCUGCAUUCAAAGGUGGAAACUCAAUGCAACUCCAGGAUUUCGUUCACGUGGAAUCCAGACGGAUGGGUAGAGAGGGUGAAGGGAAAAGCUCCGUAGCGUUUGUUACAAGCCCUCUUUCCAAAGAAACAUUUGAAUAUUGCCUCUGGAAUGUUACUGCCCAAUUCAGCAGCUUUCAGGGUCGACUUCAAGGGUGUUUUGCAAGGAAGACUUUACAGAUGCGCUUAGAAAGGACAGAAGGCGAGAUUUGAAGGGACAAACCUCAAAGCAAAGACUUUUUUUUUAUUUUAAAAAAAGCCACUGUGCUACUUUAAUCAGGACUUACUGCAUAUAUACAUGUCUACCUCGCGUACUGUUUGUUGCACUCCUGCUAGAGUAUUUUUACACCUUGUUAUUGCCUUUACUAAUCAGCUGCAACCCUUUGCCUUUUUUUUUUAUUUCCAGAAGUCUAGUUUACCCUUACAACCAGAGUUAUCUAUAUGUGGGUUAGGCGCUGUGCUUGUUUGGAGAGUUGAAGUUUUGGAUACCAAAGGACUGUUCAACACAGAAUAGAAGUUAGAGAACACUACUAGGUUUACCAUAACAGAGAUUUGACUAACUGAAGUUCCAGUAAUAGAGGUUGUUAUGUCUUGCACGCCACCAGAAAUGCACCAAUGUAGAGCUGCACCAGACACUGUUGUAAAAUGCAUUCAGUGCCUUGUUUGGUGUAACUCAACAGAGACAAAGGGUUGUUUUAAUUUAUGUCAAAAGGCUAAUAUUGGGUGAAAGUUUAUAGCAGUGAAUUUGUUCACGUUGAAUUUGCUGAUAAGUUUGGUUGAAUCCAGUGUGCUUAAUUUGUAUGUGUUUUGUAUUUAUAUUCACACAAAUUCUCCAUUAUAUUUGCCAUGUUGAAUACGCACUGAAGUAGGCCA